CCUUCCCCAUUUCUGUCUUUCUCCCCUCUCUCUUCCAAUCCCUCUACCUCCCCCUCUCUCUCUUUCUCUCACACCCCCUCUGCAUUCUCCCCUCUCUCGCUCUCCACCAGUGGGAUAGGGGGUGUUGGUGGUCUAUGAAUGUGGCCGAGCGUGCCCCCCACCACAACAUCUGCCUCUGUGCCUGUGGGGACUAUGCGCUGCACAACCCUGAAUGCACUGGCCGGUGGUUUGCGAGAACAGGGAGGGGGGUGGAGCAGCAGCAGGGGGUCGAGGGGGGCGCAGCAUGCCGCCUCCCUUCCGCAUCGCUGUGCUGGGGGCACAAGGCGUGGGCAAGACUGCCAUCGUGCAGCGCUUCCUCCACGAUGACUACAGCGAGGCGCCCACCCCGGCAACCAGCCGCGCCCGCCGUGUCCACCUGUCUGCUGCUGUGCUCAAUGGCCACGUGCACGACCUGCAGAUCACAGACUAUCCUGCCAUCACCAGCUUCCCCGGGACCUCAAUGCAGGAGUGGACAGACACCUGCUGCCGAGGUAUCCGCAGCGCUCACGUCUACAUCCUGGUCUAUGACAUCUGCUGCUUCGACAGCUUCGAAUACAUCAAGACCAUGCGCCAGCAGAUCCUAGAGACCAGGGUGUUGGGCACAGGCGACAUGCCCAUCCUGGUCGUGGGGAACAAGCGGGACUUGCAGCGGGGGCGUGUUAUCCCCCGCCACAACAUGUCCGACCUGGUGAGGAAGAACUGGAAGUGUGGCUACGUGGAGUGUUCGGCCAAAUUCAACUGGCACGUGCUUCUGCUGUUCGGGGAGGCUCUGCGCAGUGUGGGCUGUGCCCGCUGCAAACACGUCCAUGCAACCAUCCGCUUCCAACGGGCACUAAGAAACGAACGCUGUGCCCUCAUGUGAUUUACUCAGUGACGGUGGGUGCGCACCAGAGUGGCAUUGAGGGCCAUUGGUACAGUAAACCUCCCUAGGACCACCAUGGCUGACCACAUUUUUGUCCUGUGAAGCUACAGUAUUAACAUGUAACAGCCCUGUUUUGCUGCUAUCUGACUUGAUCAGGGAUGGAGAGUACCACCCUAUCCAUCUUUGAUAUUUUCUUGAUUUGGAGGCAGCUAAACCAACCCCUUGCUGUAAAAAUUCUGAACUCGUUCAAGUACACUAAAGGAACUUUCCAGCAUCUGGGAGUCGCUCCAGACAGACGUUGAUCGAUGUAUGACAUUGCUAAUGUCAAAGCCCUAUUUGGAGUGGGAUUGAGGUUGACAUCUGCUGAUGCAUUCUCUCUGCUCGGAUGUCUUGAAGGUGCACACUUGAGCAUAUAAUCCCCAGAGGUAGCUAUACGAAUUCCGUACACAAACCCAUCUCAAUUAGUCCUCUGAAACCAAAACAGCCAACCAUAGGGAGAAUUCUGUUAAAUGGAGUAAUCCAGUCCACCUUUACGCUCCACUCGCAAACAAACGGUGUACAUACUAAAAUCUACAACUGUAGAAGCACAUAAGGGUGUUUAUAUACAAACACAACUCAGACCAAACCCCCGAUAUGAGACUGUUAAUGAUAUACUGUAAAAAUAAAUAAAGUCUAAAUGUAAUAAAAUACUUGAGGCUAGACGUGGUUGCCAACAUAUCGGACUGUUCAGGUCCUCUGAACUGCUAAAUACAGCAAUAAAUGAACAUGCCAUGCUUGAAUGUUAGUAACCUUUGGUAAAACGUAGGAAUAAGGGGGAACAAAAGGACACACUUGUUUCCUGUAAGGUUGUAUUCAAUGAAAUGUUUUAUUUAUUUUUAUUUCACCUGGUAGGCUAGUUGAGAACAAGUUCUCAUUUAGAAUUGCGACCUGGCCAAGAUAAAGCAAAGCAGUGCGACACAGAGUUCCACAUGGAAUAAACAAGCGUACAGUUAAUAACACAAUAGAGAAAAAAAAAGUCUAUAUACAGUGUGUGCAAAUGGCAUGAGGUGGUGAGGCAAUAAAUAGGCCAUAGUAGCAAGUAAUGACAAUUUAGCAAAUUAACACAAGUGAUAGAUGUGCAAGUAGAAAUACUGGUGUGCAAAAGAGCAGAAAAGUAAAGACAAUAUGGGGAAAGGAGAAUACAAUGCAGAUACAGCUAGCCUACCUGACUAUAGCAACUUGUUUGAAUUAAACUAAAUUAGUAUGGUACUAUAAGAUGAUAGUGAUAAUAAACUGCCGGUGGCGUUUUUCUGUUUUGGACCAAUCACAUUCCAUAAGGAGAACCUCAAAUGCCUAACAGCCCUCAAAAUCAGAGUCAAACUACUUUUGUGACUUUAAUCAGCCUGUUCCUGAAUAAAUAAAUAAAAAUGUUAUAUAUGCUGAUGAGCUAGCUAUGAUUAAUUUGCUCUGUGUUGAUGUGAACCUAUAAUUACGAUGGAGUCCUCAGACAUCACAUUCUCUGGUCUGUUUCAUGAAUACAUCAUUUGAGCAUCCUUCAAUACUUCAGAGGUAGGUCUCUCUUGAACUCUUACAUGGUCUAUAGUACAUAGCCAGAGAAACUCGACAGACUAACAGUCUCAAAGACCAUUGCCUUGCAUGGUUGCCCUUUACGCCACAGGUCAGAUUUACUUUUCCUUCCUCCACUGCUUUAGUCACAGACCUGCAUAAUAUCUUACUACUUUCGUGACUUGUGAUAUUAACACAUUCCAAUAAAACAUUUUAUUUUCAGGAUUCCCGUUUAAUUUCCUGAGGUCUCUCGCUAAAGGCCCUUUCUGAGGAGAACCACUAACCUGGCAUUGUGAGGUGUCUAUCAGCAUUGUAAGUCGCUCUGGAUAAGAGCGUCUGCUAAAUGACUUAAAUGUAAAUGUAUUGUAUUCAAAGAUAUCUACUGGAGGGCCAUCUUGAACCUGAGGGCCCCAAUAAGAAAAUACACACUAGUGGUGAAUUACUUUAAUGCUAUAAUCAAAUCAAAUUGUUCAACAAACUUAAUAGGUGCUUGUUUUGAGAAAUUAAGUUGCUGAAAAAACAGAAUUUGAGUUCAAGGCUACCGGAUGCUGAUCCCUGGUAUGUCCCAGUGUGUAUUGUUCGUCCCUAGUACAGCUCAUCCCAGUGUGUCAGUAUCGCUGGCCGGCCCACAGCCAGUAGAGGUAAUUGAAGGAGUCUUUCUAGUAGAGACUGAGGAGGCGAGGAGCGUGACGUGUGCAAGCGGAUAGGGAACAAGCACAGCUGCUGUAGUGUGACGGGCUGCAGCUCUGACAAGGGCUAUUAAUAGCUCCAGACUUGAUCUUCCAAGCAGCAUUUUGCUAGAGGGGUAUAUAGAAGUCUGCAGGCUACAGCCACAAACUCAAAACACACAAGGUGACUGAGACAGUAUCUUAGGCUAAGUAAAGCAAUCAAAGGAUGCUAAAGUAGCAACCCGCGGAACUGUAAACGAGAGGGCCACUCCUGAGAAGCAGUCAAUAAAAAAAUAAUGCCUUGAAUGUUGAUCAAACACAAGCACUGUCAAAAAAAAACAAAAAAAAUCUAUUCAAAGUUAAUCUGUGAUUCAUCUCACAAUCAUGAAAGGGAAUCUUAUUUAAAAAACAAAAAAAAAACAAUCGAUCAGCAAAUGAAUUUGUGGCUUCAGCCACCACAUUGUGUGUGACUGUGUGGGAGUGUGUUAAUGUCUAUUUCAGUUUGUGGAUGUGUGUUUGCAGCCUUAUAUAAAUACAAUGGCUCUGAAUUUCAGCCAUGCCUCAAUAACUGAGUCUGUGGGGGUCUGGGUGAGGCUAUCUGCUUAUCUUUUGUGCUCUGAUAGAACGGAUCCUGGAGUAACAGGCAGCAGCUGUGAGACGCUCGGAUGUGUCUGAUAUUAAGGUCUGAAUGCUUCUAUUCUCAUUGCUCUCCAGCUGCCCGCUGCCUGUGUGUGUGUGUGUGUGUUGCUCCCUGGUUCCCCAUUUAAAAAGAGCAUUUGGAAAGGAGCCGAGCGCUGCUCUGAAGCAAAAUUGAAGUGGAAAUCUGACCUCCCACCAAAUAAAAUCACAGGGAAUUGAAUACAUUCAACUGUCGGAGAGGGAAUAGAGGAGAAUUAUGAUGGAGAAUGUAUAUUUUCUAUUGGAAUAAAGACAUAUGAUUACCAUA